ACAAAUCAAAAAAUUCUGAUGAUUUUCGACCCCGUUCUGUCAAACUGUUUUUUGGUUUUAGCAUCGAGUUCGUCUAUUUACGUUUUAGGAAAGCAUUCCUAUGACCAGUAUUGUAAUCUGCAAUUACAUUCUAUUUCUGCCUCAAUUGGCAUUUUUGGAUUCUGCAUCAGAUCUACGGGAUCCUUAAUCUACGAUUUAUUUUUUAGAAGUUAUCCAAUUGAUCCAAGAGAUAUAGAAGAAAGUUUGAAAAGAGAAGAAAUUAGACAAGGUCCUUUUCGAAAUCGAUCUGUUUUUCAUCGAAUAUUUUCGACAGUUGGUUUGACUGGAUUAAUUUAUGCUUUUUAUCAUUCUAAUGAAAAGAAGAUUAUUGGUUCGUUUUUAGUCUUUUCACUGACCAUGCUCGAAUGUAUUUGUGCAAUUGAAGCUUGGAAAAGUAAACAAGAAACUGGCCAGGAAAAUCAUAUUGAAAGACGAAGUUCUAUUCGAAUUUUUGCUGAAGCUUCGGAUGGUUUCCUUGAUUUCUAUUGGAUAGUUAUUGGCGGAUUUUAUGGAUGGACUAAAGGAAAUUUAUUUUGUUUGGUGGCUUUUUUGCCGUACACGAUUUCCAUUUUAACUUUAUCUUCUGAGGAAUUUGAUAAGAAUCCAAUGACUAAAAUUGGUUUUAAUAAUUAUAUGAUAAUUGCUCAUAUUCUGCUGAUGACGGAAGCUAUUCGCCAAUCACCUUCUAGAAUAGUACAGGAAGUCGGGAAUUAAAGGCCAAAUUAAUCAUCUAUUAAUAAACCAAUUAUGUAAAGUCAAGAUCGUGAGUUUAAAUACUUAAGAAUUGUAAGUG